AUGAAACGCAUGGCAGAUGGCGUCCACUCGCAAACGUACUUCGAUGUCAACUAUCCUGAUCUCGCGCGAUGGAUCAAGUCGUUCCCAAAUGCGGCCCGCUCCUGUUUUGUGACCUUUGGCCAGAACUUCAGCUACUUCGCAUGCGCACCCGGACAUGGCUCGAUAUGGGCCGGUAUACCUUCGGACCUUGAGAGCAGAGUGAAGAAGUCGCUAGUUACACCAACUUGUGUUGGCAUUGGAAUGAAAGACGCUUGGUUCGUCUUGUUCUCAAACGGCGACUUGGCGUGGAACUUGAGAGGUUAUUACAACUCUUUGAAUAAGAUCCUUGCUGAAGCUGCGCCGGGUACAGUCAAUUACGUCGCCAUUUCGCCGUAUAACAAGCAACACUACUUCAUCGCAUUCCAGGACCGGACCGUCAAGUACAACUUCCAAGGAGCUCCUUCAGAAUGGAUGCGACUCAUGACUGAAGUAUUCGAUCUCUGGGCCGUUGAGCACUCACGAAUGCAACAUACCGUUCCGCUACAGGCACAAUCAUAUGCGCAUGCGCAACAAGUACCAGCGCAAACAUAUCUUCAACCGCAGUCAACGCAUAUCAUCAAUGCUUCGCGGCUACCUAUGGCCAUUCCGGUGUCGCCACAAUCGGCACCGAGCUCACCAUUGCCUAUAUACACAAGCCCUAUACAGCAGAAUGCGGUACCAGCUGUCGCAUUCGUGGAGAAGACACCGCACUACGGUGUUGCAAAUAUGCCAGUAGAGCUACCUGGGAAUACAUUACUCUCUGCACCAAACACAGCGACAGGGUUACCGGAGAAAGAAACAGGAAAAAAGAGAAAAAGCUUUCUAUCGAAGCUGUUCUAG